GCUGUUUUCGGCUGCAGGGGUUGGAGGGGGGAGGACUGUAACUUUUGAAUCAGUUACAGGUCGCCGUGGCUGCAGCGCAGUUGUGAAGGCGGUCGCGGAUGCAGGCGGAGGGUCGCGCGGACGAACGCUCUCACUGCGCGCGAGGAUCCUAUUUUCCUGGAUAUCAUCGUCAUCGCACUUUAGAAAUAUAGAAGGGAUUAGGAAAAGGCCCGAGCAUCCACAACCAUGGGUGGGGUGAGGACAUGUCCUGUCUUAGAGAGAUUCUUGGUGCUGCUGAUUCUAAUCGCCUCUGCAGUUGCAAGACCAACCAUCAUCCCGAACCAAAAGGAGAUCUUUCUGCCGCCUCACUCUUCCUUCAAUUUGACCUGCAUUGGGGAGAAUCAAAAAGUCUCGUGGGACGAGCCUCUGCCGGAAAACUCCUUCAUCAUUCCGGAGAACAACUCUGCCACUCUGCACAUUUCCAGCGCCACCGUGGAGAACACGGGCUUCUAUGUGUGCUAUAAUGAAGAGCAGGAAGACAGUGAAGUGGACAUCUAUGUCUUUGUAACAGAUCCCGACCACCUGUUUGUCCCAGUGUCUCCAGAAAGCCUCCAUCUCAUCUUCUCCCCACCGAUGGUGGAAAUCCCAUGCCGUGUGUCUCACUCGGAUGCUCACGUCAUCCUGAGGAGGGUUCCCAACGGGGAGCAGAUUUCCUCUCCCUAUGAUGCAAAGAUCGGCUUUUUUGGGAUUAGUGCUCCUGGACAGUACCGGUGUGAGAGUUCUGUGAACGGCCGCACUGUAAAAAGUGACAUCUACACCGUGACCAGUAGAGGUGUAGACAGUGAGGAAAAGGAGAGAAACUUCACAGUGGAAGUGACUGCCACUGCCAGAAGAGUGAGAGCUGGGCAGCCUCUCAACAUCACAUGCAUCGCCCGGCCUGUCUCCAACUACAAGCAGGAGUGGGUCUAUCCAAGGACACAGGCUGAGAAUGCCACUCACGUAAGGGAAACAUUCUCUGACCAUGCCAGCUUCACCAUCAGCAUCUCAAAAGCCAGGCCUCAGGACACUGGCAUCUACAAGUGCACCGCAAUAAGCCUGGAAAGCGGAGACAUUCGGAACAGCCUUUUGUCUGUGACUGUCUAUGAGGAAACUUCCUCCAUUGUCCUGGACCACAGCGGCAUCUUUGAGACAGAGUUUGUCAACCUUUUAGAUGAGACUCAGUUCACCAUUCUCAUCGACGCAGAUCCAGGGCCCAAAAUCACAUGGAUGAAAGACGACAACGCCAUACCAGAAAACUACUACAUCUUCACUAAAACUAGUCAUUUUGAAGGAAAUCGGUAUCAGAGUGUUCUGACACUCCGACAACCAUUGGAGAAAGACAGCGGAAAUUACACCAUCACAGCCCUAAGUGGCUCCCACACGGCUCACUUUUCUUUCAUCCUCGUGGUAAAAGCUUCUAGUGGAGCAAUGCUUCCCCCGUCAUCAGCUCCUGUGCUGCUACCGGAUAAGGAUGAGUUGUUGGUGCCCCUCAACACUCCUUUCACCUUGACGUGUCGCGGAGAGGCCAAACUAGAGUGGGACACGCCCCAUGAUGUUUCUGUGCGAGUACAGCAGGACCACAGCGGGCUUUUUGUCACCACCAUCACAGUGGAUUGUGCUGAAGCGCUUCACACGGGCUCCUACAAGUGCUUCUACAGCGGAAGCAACGCAGAGGAUUCCAAAAUUCGGAGCAUCUACGUCUUUGUUCCAGAUCCUGAUGUUCCUUUCCUUUCAUCACUGGAGCCUUUCAGCAACCACGUCCUGUCCGAUCAUGAGGAAAUGGAGAUCGAGUGCAGGGUGUCUGACCCCAGCGCUAACGUGACAUUGAUAAACUUGGAAACCCAGCAGCCUGUGCCAAGUGUUUAUGACAGUAAGAGGGGUGCUUUGGGGGUGUUCACAGCUGGAACCUACGUCUGCAAGGCCCUUAUAAACGGAAACGAGUACUACAGUGAGGAAUACAUCGUUCAUGGUUGGCCAGGCGGAACAGCGCUGCAUGUGGAGCUGAAAGCUAAAAGGACUGCCCUGCUGGUGGGAGAAACAAUCACUAUCACCUGCCUUGCUCGAGGACCAGAGAUCCUGGAGGACAACUGGAAAUACCCGGGCAAAGGGGCUAACCGCGGUACCAAAACGGUGCGCGAGAACAAGAAAGAUCAGGAGAUCCUGUACACCCUGACAAUCCCGCAGGCCUCAGUCAAAGACAGUGGCAGCUAUUCCUGUUCCAUUGUUGACAUAGCUAACAAUGAAAUUCAGACAAAAGAACUAGAUAUUCAAGUGUUUGCUGGUGAAUUUGUGUCAAUUGAUCCGGACUUCCGGGAGCAUGAAUCGGCAGAGCUGGACGAAGUUCGGGAAUUCAGGGCGACAAUCCACUCUUUUCCCGACGCCCAUGUCACUUGGCUCAAAGAUGGGGUUCCGCUCAGUGAUGUGACGGCAGAGAUCACCACCAGCCUGAGGCAAAUCAGCGAGAUCAGUUACUUGAGUGUUCUCAAACUGAUCCGGGCUAAGGGGGAGGACAGCGGGAACUACACCAUGCGAGUGGAGAACAGAAACCAAAGUCGUCAUGUCAGCUUAAUCCUGGAGGUCAAAGUUCCUGCUGUCAUCGUGGACCUGAUGGACAUCCAUCAUGGCUCAGCCACUGGCCAGUCUGUGGUGUGCAUUACCAGAGGGCAGCCCCCUCCUGCAGUGGAGUGGUUCAUCUGCAAGAGCAUUAAACAGUGUGGCAACGAUUCGUCUUUUUGGGUGCCCCUCCCCACCAACUCCACAGACGUCACGUUUGACUCACACUUUGAAGGGAAUAACCUGGAGAGCCAGGUGGUGUUCGGCCACCUGGAGAGUACGCUGGCCGUCCGCUGUCUGGCCAGGAAUGAAAUGGCCACUGUCAGUAGAGAGGUCAAACUGGUGUCCAGUGGCCCCCACCCUGAGCUGACGGUAGCUGCUGCCGUGCUGGUGCUCCUGGUCAUUGUCAUCAUCUCACUCAUUGUCUUGGUUGUCAUCUGGAAACAGAAACCACGCUAUGAAAUCCGCUGGAGGGUCAUAGAGUCUGUGAGUCCAGACGGCCACGAGUACAUCUAUGUGGACCCCAUGCAGCUUCCAUACGACUCCAGAUGGGAGUUUCCUCGUGACAGACUUGUGCUCGGUCGGGUCCUGGGAUCUGGAGCUUUUGGGAAGGUGGUUGAAGGAACAGCCUAUGGACUCAGUCGCUCCCAACCAGUCAUGAAGGUGGCAGUAAAAAUGUUAAAACCCACAGCCCGCUCCAGCGAGAAACAAGCCCUCAUGUCAGAGCUGAAGAUCAUGACUCAUCUGGGUCCACAUCUCAACAUUGUGAACCUCCUGGGAGCAUGCACCAAGUCAGGCCCCAUCUACAUCAUCACGGAGUACUGCUUCUACGGAGACCUGGUCAACUACCUGCACAAGAACAGGGAGAACUUCCUCAGCCUGAGCCCAGAGAAAAACAGAAAAGAGAUGGACAUAUUUGGAAUCAAUCCUGCAGAUGAGAGCAGUAGGAGCUAUGUGAUCCUGUCCUUUGAAAGUAAAGGGGACUACAUGGAUAUGAAGCAGGCCGAAAACACUCAGUAUGUGCCAAUGCUGGAGAUGAACAACGCCUCCAAGUACUCAGACGUCCAGAGGUCAAACUACGACCACCCUCCCUCGCAGAAGGGCUCGAGUGAAUGUGAGAUGGAAAACCUGCUAUCAGAUGACACGACCGAAGGCCUAACAACCACCGACCUGCUGAGUUUCACCUACCAGGUGGCCAAAGGAAUGGAGUUUCUCGCUUCCAAAAAUUGCGUUCAUCGGGAUCUUGCAGCCAGGAACGUACUCCUCUCUCAGGGAAAGAUAGUGAAGAUCUGUGACUUCGGACUGGCCCGGGACAUCAUGCACGACAGCAACUAUGUCUCCAAAGGGAGCACCUUUCUUCCGGUGAAAUGGAUGGCACCAGAAAGCAUUUUUGACAACCUGUACACCACCCUCAGUGAUGUGUGGUCUUACGGCAUCCUCCUUUGGGAGAUUUUUUCGUUAGGUGGGACCCCUUACCCUGGGAUGGUGGUGGACUCCAGCUUCUACAACAAGAUCAAGAGUGGAUACAGGAUGGCCAAACCUGAGCAUGCACCGCCAGAUAUGUAUGAGAUGAUGAUGAAGUGCUGGAACAGUGAUCCAGAGAAGAGGCCGUCCUUCAUGGGUCUAAGUGACGCUGUAGCAUCACUGCUGCCCUCCAGCUAUAGGAGGCACUAUGAGAGAGUGAACCGGGACUUCCUGAAGAGCGACCACCCCGCUGUCACUCGGGUGUGCAUGGAAAACGACACCGACUAUGUCGACAUUCCCUACAAGAACCAAGGCAAGCUGAAGGAGCGGGAGAGCGGCUUUGAUGAGCAGCGGCUGAGCUCUGACAGCGGCUACAUCAUUCCACUCCCCGACCUGGACCCCCUCUCUGAUGAAGAACAUGGAAAGAGGAACAGACACAGCUCCCAGACUUCUGAGGAGAGCGCCAUUGAGACAGGGUCGAGCAGCUCCACCUACCCCAAACGUGAAGGGGAGACCCUGGAGGAUAUCACACUGCUGGACGAGAUGUGUCUGGACUGUAGUGACCUGGUGGAGGACAGCUUUCUGUGAAAACUGUCCAGCCUGAGUGGGAGCAACAAGGGAUGAAAAACUUGUGAGACUCAUAGAUCAACCAAAGACUGUUGAGCGCACCUCCUCCUCCUCCUCCUCGUACUCCUUUCAGACCACCCAUUGCAAGGACAGAACAGAACCACUUCAGUCUGUGGUCAGUCUGUGGCAACGUGAGGUACGCUACUCUGGACAGCGCCCCCUUCAGGGUUGGAGGAGUGACUGACAAAAAUAAAAAUGUGACUUGGAAAAAAGGACCUCAAGAACUUUGGAGCUUUUCUGUCGGACCUAUCCAGCUACAAAAGUAUCAUCAUUAAUGUUCAGAGCUUUAUUUCAUCGGGCAUUCUCUUCACAGCAACGAGGAUUCAUUUGUUAAACCACUAAGGAUGCACUAUUUAUACUAGAAGAUGCCAUCACUAAGCACAAUUUCCCAAUAAUCCAAGAACUGUUUUCCAGAGAAGCAACUGAUGCUGGAAAAAUCAGAAGCAGCGCAUGGAUUUCAAGCUCAAUGUUCGAACUAUUGCUUAUGACAAUAUCAUGUUUUUUGUUCUUAAGUAGAUGUGGUAACUCAAAUUUAUUUUUUUACUUUAUUGUUAAAUGUGUACUUCUUUUUUCAUGAACAAAAAGUAGAAAGUGACCGUAGCUGAUGGCUUUGAAGAGACAAGCUUAGGGGGUGAAAUCAGGAUCAGCUUAAAAUGAAUGAAAAACAAGAUUCAAAAUUUGAAGAAACUAUUAUACAUUAAAAAAAAUAAAGAAAUUUGAAAUCAGUUUUGAACUUGAAAAUACAUAUUUCAAUUCAGAGUUUUUGAGUUUUGGCUGCUGAGCUGAUCCUCAUUUGGCAUGGGGGCGGGGCUAAAAAAAGCAGCUGUUGCUAAUGAUGCAUUAUUUUUUAAUUGGUAAUUUUACAUUCAUACUCUUUUUUUUCAAGUUUUCAGCAUUUUUUCAAAUUUUCAAGUUUUCAUUUUUAAGUUUUCAUUUUUUUUGUUACAAUGUCUAUUUUUCAAACUUUCAAUCUUUUUUUCGUUCACUUUAAGCUGAUCCUGAUUUGACCCUAUGAAAGGUCCUGUACAACUUUACACCCCCAUUUUAUUUUAGCUUAAACACAUAAAACGGUUACAUUUAGCACAGAUAGUUAGUGUGAUGUAAAUAACCUCAGAGUCGUUUUAUAAAAGAGAAUUAUUGGAAUAGUACUCAAGUAUUUUAUGUGAGCACAUAUGAAGCUUCUGCACCCUCGUUUACUUCAGUGACAUCAUGGCUUUGGACAAAUCAGUGUUUAGAAACGGGUUCUUCUGAACCUGUUCCAGGUUAACUCAGUGAAAGUGUUCAGAGAGACAGCGCCAUCAACAGACUCCAGGCUGCUGAAACAGUUGGUCCGGUGCACAGAGGAUGGAGCACAAACCUCUUCCUGCUGUUUCAGCAGCUUGCCUCUUCCCACUGACUGUCACAUGAAAUCCGAUCAGCUGUUGCACUUUCCUUCUGUCUGUCCAUCCACGCUGCAGAUGAACUGAUGGACUGCCAGCCUGAGCUUUCAGACUCCUGCUACGUUUGUGGUUGAAGUUGGAUGUGAAUGUUUACUCUGUGAGUGAUGUGCUGACAAUGGUACCCUAUCAUGUAGUUCUACGUAAACGCACCAAGUACGAUGUUUUAUACCAUAUUUCCUUAUUUUACCAUAUGUACAUUCAGAUGAUUUAUAUUUCAAUAAAUGAUUUAUAAUGUAAAA